GCUGGUAACAGAUUAUAUUGUGACCGCUUUUAGGGCAAGGUUUGCACGGCUUGUGUAGGGACAAUUCGCGUCGCUGCUGCUCUGGACGCAGCAGCUGAUAGGGACUUCACCGCCAAUUUCUCGGCGUACUAGUAGAGCUCCAUUGGCGCUGGCGCAGGAGCGGGCCUCAUGCUAGGAAAUCCAGGCGGGCUGGACCCGAGCGGUGCCAGAGGAUUUGGAUAUGGACAGCAGGCGGGGCAGGCGGGCUUUCCCCUCGGUGCUCUCCAAGGAGGGAUGCAGGGCGGGCUACCCGGCGUCAGGACUGGCAUUGCUGGGCUUCAAGCUGGAGCGGCAGGGCCACAGCAAACGGCGCAGAACCGGUUUGCUGCAGCGAGCACGUUACAGUCUAAUUUGCAGCAGCAGCUUGGGCAGUACGCCCAGGCGCAGGGGCGACCUCUCACAGGCGCACAGCUAGCAAAUGGCGUCCUCGCGGGCGCUGCUGGGGCCGGCGUCCGCGCGCAGGGGAUAGGGGGGCUUGCGCCGCUCGCAGCGAUGCGGCAGCCCGGCGUCGACCGCGCCGCUAACCUCAGUCUGGCCGCCAACCUCAACGCCGCGGCAGCGGGCGCAGCGGGCGCUGGCCUGGCCGGGUUGCAAGGGUACGCCGCGGCGCAGAACCCUCUCGCGGCGGCGCUGCAGAACCCGCAGCGGCUGACGGGGCUUGGGCUCAAUGCGCAGCUCACGGCGGCAGCUGCCGCGGGCCUGGGCGGGCUGCAGGGCGGCAACCUGCAGAGCCGGCUGCAGAUGGCAAACGCGGGCGGGCUGGGCCUGCUGCAGCAGAACCUGGCGGGCGCGAUGCCCAACACCAACACCAACACGCACGAGCUGUUGGCGAUGCUCAACCGUCAGCAGCAGCAGAAGCAGCAGCAGGUGGCGCAGCAGCACCAGCAGCAGCAGAUGCCCGGGGGCGCAAACGCCUUUAACGCGCUCAACAACCUGGGGCUUUCGGCGGCGGGCUUCGGCGCGGUGGGCGGCGGCGUCGGGAACCUGGGCGGGCCCGGCCUGGGGCUGGUGCAGCAAUCGGCGCAGCAGCAGGUGGCGGCGGCCGCGGCGGCCGCACAGCAGCAGCAGCAGCAGCAGCAACAGCAGCAACAGCAUGGGGAUCAGGACGGGCCUAGCUUUGACAACAACGACUUCCCGUCGCUGCUGGCGAACGCGGCGGCAAGGCAGGGCCGCGCCAACGCAGAGGCCAUGGGCGCUGCGGCGGCCGCCGCUGCGGCGGCGAACGACCCCUUCGCUAAGCUUGGCUUGCGCACAGCAGCGGCAGCGGUCGCGGGCGGGGCGGGGCAUGCCGGCGCCGGUGCUGGCGGGGCAGGCGGCGACUUCCAGAUCCAGAACGAGGAUUUUCCGGCGCUGCCAGGGACAUCAACGCGGGACGGUAUGGGUGGUGCCGGUGGCCUGGCCCAGCAGCAGGGGGUGGGCCGGGGCGCGGGCGCGUCUGGGUUCGGUGCGGAGCAUCUGCAGCAGCUGGCGGCGGCCGCGGGCCAGCCCGGCAGCGCCGAGUACGAGGCGUAUUUGCGGCUGCAGCAGCAGCGCGGCCUGGCGCCGGGGCUUCUUGGGCCCGGGGGGCCGGGGCCUAUGGGCGGCAAGGGCGUGGGGCCAGGCGGCGAGCUGCAGGGUGGCGCGGCGGCGGCCAAGGCUGACCGGUUCGGGCUGAUGGGUCUGCUGCCUCUGAUCAAGAUGACGGACCCGGACCUGACCAUGCUGGCUCUGGGCACCGACCUGACGGGGCUGGGGCUCAACCUCAACGCGCCAGGCGACCUGCAUUCCACGCUGGUGUCGCCGCUGGCGGACAACCCCAUCAAGGCGGAGCCCGACUUCGACCUGCCCUCCUGCUACAAGUUCGUGCCGCAGCGGUUGCAGCCGGGCUAUUUGUCCAAGUUCAAGGAGGAAACGCUGUUCUACAUGUUCUACUCCAUGCCCGGCGACGAGGCGCAGCUGCUGGCGGCCGACGAGCUGUCGGUGCGCGGCUGGUGGUUCCACCGCCGCUACAAGCUGUGGAUGCUGCACGCGCCCGGCGCCGCCACGCAAAAGAGCCAGCGCGGCGAGCGCGGCUCGUUCCUCAUUUUUGACAUCAACCAGUGGGAGAUUGUGCAGAAGGCGGACCUGGAAAUCCUUUACGAGGAUAUCGAGGUGGCGCCGCGGCUGCCGCGCAAUGCCAAGCUGACGGGCGGUGGCCAGGGCGGCGCCGGCGGCGCGCAGGGCCCCGUGGGGGCCGGCGGGGCGCAGGGACAGCAGCCUGGCGGGGCGGGGGCGCCGCAGUCGCAGGGCCAGGCCGGCGUGCCCGGUCGCCACUAACAAGAGUGGCCGCGACAGGUCCUGGGGUCCCAGCGCUUUGCCCUGGUGUAGCAGCGGUGCUAGGCUACUUCAUGUAGGAGCGGGGUGCCGCAGGGCCGGACAGAAACAGUGCACCCUGGCGCGCUGCAGCAUGCAACAACGGCGCAUGCACGAGACGUCACGGGACAACAGUGGGCUGGGACUCUGGGACUCUGGACGCUCGGCAGCCGCCUGCCUCGAGCCGUCACAGCGCAGCAGACACCAAGACAGUGGAUGCUACGCGCCGGGAUGUCAACCGCCGCCGCACAGGCGGCGGUACCGCACACAGGCGGUAACAUGCCAUUGCGCUUUUGGGACGGGCACGAGGUGCAGGCACCAGUGGGCUUCGCUCCACGGUCGACACUGGGCCGUGCCACGCGGCUGCAGGGUACAAGUCCUGGCAUAGAGGAGUGCGAAGUGGCACUUGUCAUCCUAGAUAAGAGCAGGAAGUGCCGCACUCGUGUUCGUCGCGCAAAGGUGUCUGGCAGUGCUGUGCGUGCUGGGCACGCGUGCCGCCAACGUUGCUGUCCAUGUGAUGUGUGCCGAUACGGGUGGGGCGUGGAUUGCCCUGCUCGCUGGUCGGAUUGGGGUCUCGAGUGCGGCGCGGUCUGCAGCAUACGGCGUGUGCUCUGUGCUGCAUGCGUGUACGCGAAGUGUGGAAAGGGAGCAUGAGUUACUACAUGGCACGCAAAGCAAUCUCGGGCAUGCGUCGAUAGGGUCGUGUGUUUAGUCGGCAGAGUUCGCCAGCCUGCACACAGGCUAGGCGAGAGCACGCGCGCGGAUCGAGGGCGUGUCGGGGACUGCUUGCUUGGAGGCGCGGGGGCGGCUUUGACAUUUUGGGUAUCAUUGCGCAGGAGCGGGAUAGGCUGAUAGGUUGCUGCAGGCGUCCAAAUUACUCGAUGACAAGCGGCAUGUUGGGAAGAGUGCAUUGAGCUGCUGUUGGCAGGAGGCCACCAGAAAGCGCCGGGCGGGGAGCCAUGUAGCCUUGUUCUGGAGCCAUGUAGCCUUGUUCUGGAG